UGUUUUGAUAUUUUUAUAAGAAACUUUCACUUUUUGUGGGUUCAAGAAUUUAAAGACUUUUACAAUUUAUAUUUUUUAAAAUGAAUUUAAAAUUGAGAAAUAAGCAAACGAAUAUGACAAGUACAGUUGGACAAACGCACAUAUCACCAUGGACUUCAGUGUCAUGCUGUUUCGGACUUUCACUCAUUUAUGUAGCCAGUCUGUACGUUUGGAACAACAAACAUAAUCGCGAUCACCCUACCACCGUUAAAAAAAGAUUCUGCAGUGUUUUUGUUGUAAUGUUGAUAGCACCAGUCUUUGUUUACGCAUUUUCAUCCAACGAAUUAUUGGAAGAAGUAAAUUUUCUUCAAAUAUUAGGUAUACGUUUGGCUGGAUUAUGGCAAGCUAUUGUCGUGCCUUUUUUACUAACAUUGCUCCUAUUUUUGGGACCAAUCUGUGUUCAAAUGCAAAACGAAACUUUGCGUAUAUUUAUUGAUUUGAACUACUGGAAAAGUAAUGUGUCGAACUUAAUUUGGUGGCGAAAUCAUGUAGUUGCGCCAUUAAGUGAGGAAUUUGUUUAUCGUGGCUGUAUGAUGCCACUAAUUUUACAAAGUUUCACACCCAUGCAAGCAGUGUUCAUAACUCCAUUAUUUUUUGGUACUGCCCAUGUACAUCACAUUGGAGAGCGUUUAGGACUAGGCAUGGAAUUAAAAACAGCCAUAUUAAUAUCAGUGUUUCAGCUAACAUAUACAACAGUUUUUGGCUUCUAUUCAGCUUAUUUAUUCGCACGAACAGGACAUAUCGUUGCGCCAUUUCUUGUGCAUGCAUUCUGUAACCACAUGGGUGUACCUGAUUUACAAGAUUUGUGGCAACAACACGUUUUUAAACGUGUCAUAUUAAUCAUUAUAUAUUUGGUUGGAUUCUUUGGUUGGUGUAUAUUACUACCUAUAGCGACAGCGCCAGAAUUUUAUUCAAAUUGUUUGUACUGGCCACCAACUCGCAAAUAAUGACUGCACAAAAUGCUUUAAACAAUUAAUAAUUAAAAAUAAACUAACUUAAGCAAUACAUUGUAUAUUAGAUGAACAAAGAAGAAAUAUAUUAAUUUGUUAAAUAUUUAAAAA